UUCUGUAGCUUGUCAGCCUGGAAGUUCAAAGGUGAGUUCCUGCAGAACAGCUUUUGUGUUGAUGGUAGUAUUCGCCGUCUGUUGGCCUUUUGGUGGCGAAUUCUACUUUCGGUCAUCGUGGACAGGUCACAACGCCAUAAGAAACUGUUCCGUUCUCAAGAAUAAAAAAGGCGUUUUUAUUUGUCGGAAUACUCGCAUUAUAUCCAGUAGAAUCAUCUGCAGAUCUGCGAGCUGACCGGAAGAAGCUUGGUAUCUCCCACACACAUCUGUUUUCUCUUCGGUUUCUGUCAGAUCCCCAUGUAGACAGACCGGUAUGUUGAGCUUUUCAGUCGCUCAUCUAACGUUAUUCAGCAGCGCUUGCGAUGAUCCAUUAUUUUUAAGAACUUGCUAAACGCACAAAGCUAUCUGAGCAUUUAGCAUCUACGUUAAGGUGCUGCGUACUGAUCAUUUCGUGUAGUGAAGAGGAGCAUCAUCAGAACGCACGGUGGAGCCUUUGCCCAAAAAGACCCGGAGAUGUCGGACGCAAUCGUUACUUUUCAGUCCCAGCUAUCCGGUGUCAUGGAGACCGUGUUCAAAGCGGCCAUGUACGAGAUCACCCGGCUGGUGGAGGACAGCUUCCUGGAGGAAGUAUCGCGGAGCCGAGAGCAAGUGGAGUCGCUGAAACAGCGGUUGCAGUGGUCGGAGAGCCGGCGCAGGGAGCGAGAGAGCGGCGGGCGGACGAGGUGUGCCGACUGCGGCAGAGCCGGAGUUUCUAGCGAGGAGACGGAGGACCGACCCUCAGGAACACAGUCUGAAGUCGAUGAGGGGCGUGGUCUGAAGCAGGAGAAGGUUCCGGAUGGGAGCUGGAGCAGCUGUCCAGGGGAAGCCUCGAUCCCCGGCCCUACGCAUGCGCAGGAGGCGGUGGCCACACCCAGCUCUGUCGGAGCGCCGUCGGGGUGCACUCCAACGGCGCAGAGCGAGUUGGACGGGGACAGGCUGGACGCCAUGCUGAAGGAGGAGGCCCUGCAGACAGCGCCCCCUGCUGGUGAGCUGCAGGAACGAUGGUCCGUGUGCCUGGAGGGGCAGGAGGGCCCGGGGGGGGCGGGGCAGGAUGACGGUUUCGGGGUGCAGCGUCUGCACAUGUGCGAGGAGUGGGGCUCGGGGGCGGGGCCGGGGGCGGGGCACGGCCCGGAGGCAGGCGGAGGGGAGGAGCUAGCUCACGCGUACGAGGCGCGGUACGGCCUGGAGGAGGAGCUGGGCGUGGCGCUGGAGGAGGAGCCUAAGGGCGAGUACAUGGCGGCGAUGCUGGGCUUCCCCGCCGACCUGGAUCCCACUAACCCCGCCCACCCUGCGGUGGCGCGCGGGCGGAGGGCGGGGUUCCCCCAGGGCUCCUCCCCCCCGGUGACGGACAGCGAGCUGGACUGCCUUCUCAUCAACGAGGACGGCUUCCUGCAGGACGCGGACCGGCGCUCCCGCGGGCCCCGCCGGGGGAGGGGCCGCAGGGGGGCGGAGCGGAGAGAGCUCGGGGGAGGGGCCUGUGGCACGGACCUGCUGCCGCCGGGCCUGGACAGCGCCUCAGGCGGCCACCGGGGGGCGCCCUUCGCCCCGCCGCCCGCCCCGCUGCACGGCUGCACGCACUGCCGCCUCAGCUUCCCCGACCUGCCGGCGCUGAAGGCCCACCUGCUCACCCACGCGGGGGCCGGGGCCUACACCUGCACGCAGUGCGGCAAGAGCUUCACGCAGGCCUGCAACCUGAAGGUGCACCAGCGCAUCCACUCCGGCCAGGGCCUGCACCUGUGCAGCCACUGCGGCAAGGGCUUCCUGUCCUUCGCCGAGCUGAAGAGGCACAAGUGCAGCCAUGGCAGCGAGAAGCCGUACUGCUGCAGCCUCUGCGGGAACAAGUUCAGCCGCCUGUGGAACCUCAAGCUGCACCGGCGCAUCCACACGCAGGAGAAACCGCACCGCUGCGCGCAGUGCGGCAAGAGCUUCACCCGCGCCGACAUCCUGAAGGUGCACCACCGCACCCACACCGGGGAGAGACCGUACAGCUGCACCAUCUGCGGCCUGAGCUUCAAGCGGCUGGACCAUCUGAAAUCCCACCAGCGCAAGCACAGCUAGCGCGCGCUGCCUUCCUGCCGCCCCAACGCGUGGCUGGGCUUUAUUAUUGCAGAACGAUGGGGUGCCCAUAUCAAGGACUCAAGACUGAAAACCUACCGUUGGCUUUUACUCUGUUCUACUGCAAUGAAUCGGUGUGGAUGUACAUUUUCUUUGCUCUUGUUUUAGAAGUACGGUUUGCUUUCCCUUUUAAAGAGUAACUGUUUCAGUCUGGCUCUGCCUUCUGCACAAUGUGGGGGAAAAAAUGCGCUCUGGGGUGGAGUCGGUGUGUCUCAUUUGCAUAAAGUAUUCUCUAUCCAAUCAGGUGCCUGCAUGUUCCAUUCCACUUUUUAAAUGAGCCAAUAAGAGUAAACGGUCAAAUUUGUGGGCGUCAACAAUUUCCUGGCUCGAUCUCUUGAUUGGCAUCUAUAUGAUGUACAUCACGAUCUGACAUGACAUCACUCGGCUGGGGCAGAAAGCAUUUUUCUAACUUUGAGGCAGCAGAACAUUUUCCUGACAGUUUUUUAUGCCAAAAUACUAUUUCAGAAAUGCUGAAAGAAUGGCAUGGAUUAACACGUUUCACUAUAAAGUAAGCAUACUAUGUGUGAUCUAGAGUGUAAUUACCCUAUAAAUAAAACCGUAGCUUUGUAAUUGUUUUUUUAAAUAUUAUUUUAAUAUUUAAUGGGAUAUUCAUGAAAAUCGGCAUUCCAUUAACCCGAUUAUAAAUGAUUAAAAAAAUGUUUCGCUUCUUGCCAAUGUUAACCUGUUUCACAUAUUGCUUGUGUUUUGAAUGAGUUCUUUUAAAAUGUGAAAAUGUGCCAUUUUUUAGUUUAACACCAUGAGUGACUUGUCUAGUGGGCACAUUAGUCCGGUGUGGUUAUGUGGUCUAGUAGGAUACAUCUGAUAUUUAAUCUCUGCUCAGGUUAUUGCUGUCUUUGGUACAGAAUGUAAUUGUUGUUGGCCAUCUACACUGAAAAGACAUCAGUAUAGCCAGCUGCAUGACUAGAUUGUGGGUUAAGGUAUAAUAUGGGUUACUCUGGAUAAGGUAUAUGGCAUUCUGUUAUAGUUCUCAUUAUAGUGAAAAUCUGGACACAUUUUGACCCUCUAAGAGGGAUUUUGCCAGAUUGAAGGUAUAUUGUAGAUCUCACUAUGUCAAGAAAAUUACGACCUAUUUUUUUUUGGACUGGUGGUUCCCAAGAUGAGGGCGUUAAAAUCUGGGGUCUUAGGGGGCACUCUUCAUCUUUUUUUCAUCUAUCUUAAAAGAGCAGAAAAUAACAUGGUAAUCGGCUAUGUGAACUCUUAAAUAUGUAGGUCAUCUGAUUGUUUUCAACCCUGUUGUCAAAAUAAAUAUUUUUGGGCUCUGGUGAUUUUAAAAA